GGCAGAUAAAGAGCUGUGAGAAUCAGAGGUAGCUGCAAGGUGAAGGGGCAUGGGAUGCAAAAGUGCUGAUGACUUGUUUACCUACCUGAUUUGUGCUGUGAGGACUUGAGGCAGCAGAGAUUAUCAGAAGGAUCACUACUUUCUAUGAAAUUUGUGUUCAGUCCUGAAACUCAAAGUUGGGCAAACUCCAGUAGAAACCAGACAGGCUUAACUAAACCUGUGUAGCUUUAUGGCAAUACAUUUCUUUUCCCUUCUUCAUCCUUUCACAUACACAGUGGAGUUGAAAGAAGGUGAAACAAACCUAAAGAGGAAUCCUGGUUUCCAGGUUUAUUGUUCAAAAUGGCUCAUGAGCAUGUUCUGCCGUGAUCAUCUGUUGGUCCUGGAACCACACUUAGAGGUUGACAUGGUAGAGCUGUGGGACCUCCUCUGUGAAACUUUGGCAUUUGUUUUUGUAUUGCCUUUGAACACUCCACCUGCUAAUGCUGUGACUGUGUCAUGCAGUGGCAUAUUUAAAUACCCAGUUUGUUCUACCAAAGCAGUUGUACAACCUGUGCACCUGUGCAUGAGCAGGGACUGUGCAUGGUAUAGCCAGACUACUCUCACCUAAAUCUGAGCAAUUGUUCCCGAAACCCCAUAGCCCUGAGCUGGCUCUGUGCUGAGCGAGCUUGGAUGUGGCCGGCAGUGACUCAGAGCUUGAGGCCAGCUACCUGCCACCCUGCCUCUAGCUGCCCUGCCUGCAUGAGUUUGGCCAGGAAAGUGUCUGCACUGGAUUUUGCUGAGAUUUCUCAAAACUCCUCUGGCUCGUUUUCCUGCUGUGACCUGGGCUUGCCUUCAAUUCACUUCACUGUAGCAAUUCCUGUGUUGCUUUGGUCCUGUAUCCAUGCCUGUAUCGUUCUUAAAUCUGGCAGGGGACGCGUUUCCUCAGCUGCACCCAGUGGUGACUGCUCUGCCUGUGCUGUAACGCAGAAUUGCUCAAUGUUUGCAGCUCUCCUGCCCCUUGAUGCCCCGAGACUUUCCGGACAUGGCGAUUGCAUCACUUGGUGUCGGCUUUCUGGCACUGGGGAAUUCCCAAUUUCAUGCAAGACUUUUCUUAAUAAAAUCACCUGUCUUUGCUUGCCCCGUCCUCAUUUGGAGUGACUUCCAGGCUUCAGAUAUGGGUCUUUGUAAAGGUCAUGCCUCUGCUGCGGUUUUUAUCCUGUCUGUUCUUGAGGCCUGUGCCCUGGACAGCUACAUUGCAGCCGUCUAUGAGCACAAUGUCAUCUUGUCAGAGGACACUGAAAUACCUGUUUCUCCUGAGGAUGCCUUCGUGCUAAUGGACAAAAACAUGGAUAUUUUGGAAGCAGCCAUCAAAGCAGCAGCCAAACAGGGUGCCCAUAUCAUUGUGACUCCUGAGGAUGGCAUUUAUGGCUGGGUCUUCACAAGGGAAACAAUAUACCCUUAUCUUGAGGAUAUCCCAGACCCAGAGGUGGACUGGAUUCCAUGUACUGAUCCUGAAAGAUUUACCCCUUCACCAGUGCAGAAGAGACUGAGCUGUCUAGCAAGGAAUAACUCUAUCUAUGUGGUUGCAAAUAUGGGAGACAAGAAGCCUUGUGAUUCCAGUGAUCCAAGAUGCCCAAGUGACGGUCGCUAUCAAUACAAUACCAACGUUGUCUUUGAUUCAGAAGGGAAAUUGGUGGCUCGUUAUCACAAAUACAACCUUUUUGUGACAGAGAAACAGUUUAAUUAUCCCAAGGAGCCAGAAUUCGUGACUUUCAAUACAUCCUUUGGAUACUUCGGCAUUUUCACUUGUGCAGACAUACUCUUUCACGAGCCUGCUGUGGUCUUGACAAGCAGAUUUCAAGUUGACACCAUACUGUUCCCAACAGCGUGGGGUAAUACUCUCCCGCUUUUGUCAGCUGUCCAGUUCCACUCAGCGUGGGCUAUGGGAAUGGGUGUCAACUUUCUUUCAGCGAACACACGCAACUCCAGUUUAGAUAUGACGGGGAGUGGUAUUUAUGCCCCAGAUGGUCCGAGAGCAUAUCAUUAUAAUACAGAAACAGAAAAUGGUCACCUCUUGGUGACAGAACUGAGUUCACGCCCACGUCUGUCUCCCUCUUAUCCUGCUGCUGUGAACUGGAAAUUGUAUGCCAGCAGCAUCAAACAGCUUCCAUCAAAUAACCACCAUUUCAGUGGAAUUGUUUACCAUGAUCUCUUUUCCUUCACUGAACUCACUGAGCCUGAGGAAAAUCUUACCAUUUGCCAGAAGGACCUCUGUUGCCAUUUGAGUUACAAGAUGGCAGAGAAACAAAAAGAAGACAUUUAUGUUCUAGGUGCUUUUGAUGGGCUACAUAUUGUGGAAGGAGAGUAUUAUUUGCAGAUAUGCACGCUGCUGAAGUGUAAAAGCACAGACCUGAAAAGCUGUGGGCAGCCCGUGGAGACUGCUCAGACCAAGUUUGACAUGUUCUCCCUGAGUGGCACAUUUGGCACUCACUACGUCUUUCCAGAAGUCCUGUACAGCGGGGUUCAGCUGGCCCCUGGGGAAUUUGAGGUGCUAACCGAUGGACGUCUGAUAAGCCAGACUCAUACAUCUAGGCCAGUUUUGAGUGUGACGCUCUUUGGGAGGUGGUAUGAAAAGGACCCACCACACACAGAACAAGCUUCACUGUAAUUUUACUGCGGAUCCUUUGAGAUCUCAUCUGUGUGUUCCUGUAAUGCUAAUUAAUCAUAAUGUUAGUUAAUGUUAAUACCCGUAAUUAUAAUGGCAGUCUCUAUCUGAAGUUGUGCUAUCUUACAACAUAGUCAUUGCACAUUGAUUUGUUGGCUUGAUUUUGCAGCAAAAAUAAAUUACUAUGCUGGGCAGCUCUGUA